AUGAUUACAAAUAAGACUUCAUUAUUUGAUAAUUACCAAAGCAGAGAAAUAUUUGAGUUAAGUAGAAGUUUAAAGGAGGCUGGUGAAAAUGUGACAAUAAAUCAAAAAGGAUUAAUCCAGUCUUCAAAACGUGUAAUUAUAAAGAAAAUAUUGGAAGCAAUGGCUAAUGGUAUUGACGUAUCAUCGUUAUUUGGUGAAGUUGUGAAGGUCGCAUCAACAAAAGAUUUGGUUUUAAAGAAAUUAUCAUAUAUUUAUAUUUCAACACAAGCAGAGAAAAAUAGUGAUUUAGCGAUUUUAGCAAUAAAUACUUUUCAAAAAGAUCUUCAAGAUGAUAAUUUUUUAGUCAGAGGAUUAGCAUUAAGAACAUUAUGUUCACUAAGAAUACUUGACUAUUUACCUUAUAUGAUGGAUUCAAUAACGUCAUCAUUAUCAGAUAUUAAUCCAUAUGUUCGUAAAACAGCUGCAAUGUCAUGUAUUAAACUGUUUCGUUUUUCACCAAAACAUCUAUUAGAUACACAAUUGCUUGAUCAAUUAUAUUAUAACAUUUUAAAUGAUAAAGAUAUUGAAGUUGCUGGAAAUAGUUUGAUAGCAUUAAAUGAAAUAUUAAUAUUAGGAAAUAAAAAAAGUGGCAUUAAUGGAGAAUUAAAGAUUAAUAAAAGCCUUAUUUAUUAUUUAUUAAAAAGAAUUGAUGAGUUCAAUGAAUGGCACCAAACUUUUAUAAUUAAUAAUAUUAUCACUAAAUAUAAUCUGGUUAAUGAGGAUGAAAUAUUUAAUAUUUUGAAUUUAUUGGAUGACAAAUUAAAACAUAAUAAUUGUGGAUUAAGAUUAGCAACAAUGAAUUUAUUUUUAAAUUUAACAAAAGAUUUAAAUGAUAUUCAUGAAGAUGUUUAUAAAAGAUUAAAAGAAAAUGAUUAUAAACAUUUUUAUAUAAGAAUUAAAGAAUCCUCAUUUAUAAUUACGAAAAAAUUGGAAAUAUUUGAAUUGAUUGCAAAUGAAAAAAAUGCCAAAGAUAUUAUUGAUGAAAUAAUUAGUUAUAUCACAAUAUCAAAUGAUUUAAUGGUGAAAGGAAUGUUGGAAACGAUUGGAAACAUAAGUUUAAAAAAAUUUAAAUUAAACUGGGAAAAUUUCAAAUUAAAUAAUGAAUUUUCUAUACCAAUUGUAAAUCAACAAAUUUUACAAAACUCAACGAUCCAAGAUGUUGAAUCAAUUCUUGAAGAUAAUUUAUUUGUUAUAAUUGCUUCUGGUGUUAGUGGAAAUAAUGGUGAUAUUUGGAAAUUGUUUUUUUACGGAAUUGAGGUAAUGUGUGUAUAA